UAUUUUUAGUUUCGAUAUUUUUUUUCUCUGUCGUCAGUCAUGGUGGUCGCUGCGGUUAAGAAUAUCUUACUCCAUUUGUGCCUGAUAUCGAAUUUCAUAUUAAUUGGAAAUAAGGGACUUGCACAUGCCCAAAAUUGUUUAAAGUCAGCAGAGACGGUGCAGGUUGUUAAAAAUUGUCCAGAAAACCAAAGAGAAUGGGAAGAGGCAGCACAAAGAAAGAAUUGCUUAGUGAUACAGAAGUACGACAGCUGUUCCAAAGUGGUGUACCAUUGUUUGGUGAAUGAAUUUAGAAAUGAAACUAUUGAGGUUUGCACAAAUCCUAAAUAUUUACAAGGUUAUUGCCCACAUUACUAUUUGAAUGAAGCUAGAAAUGACUAUACCAAGGACUGUAAGGAAUACUCAUAUCCUUGUAACUGUUCCAAAAGAUAUCUCUCAUCAGAGGCAUAUAAAUUGCAAUGCUGCUUUAAUGGAACAAAUGGCGAUUCCAGAGAAAUUCUGAUUGACAACAAUUCAGACAAAAACAGCAAUGGACUUUUGGGAUUAUGGAUAGCUUUAGGAAUAGAAGGACUCGUGGGAAUUGUGUUUUUGGCAUGUGUGAUUUAUGGAAUCAAGUGUCAAAACAAGCCUUUAUGUGAAGCACUACAGAUAUGGAGGAAUAUUUCUUGCAAAUCACCGAUUUGUGCUUGCUUGUCUUCAGAUUGCAGGCAAGACAAACAUAAAAACGACUGUGAGUUGACUGAUCCAUCUACCCUCAAUUCUAUAGAACAAAAGGAGGAAAUCAAACCAAUGAUAAUAGAACAAAAGAAAGACGAUUUAAAUGCAGAAGAAGAUGAUUCUGAAUCAGAGACGGCUGCAACCUUAUCAUUUGGAGGAGGCAAUACUACCUCUCUAACCCCAGAAAUAAACAAAUCAAAUUCUAGAACAUCUGAAGUAGAUGGCCAUAAACCAGAGGCAAUUGCUUCACAAUUACCUUAUGAUGCCAACUCAAAUUUUGGAAAAUGUUCAUUAUUAACACUAGACUUAAAUGAGAAAUCAUUGAGAGAAAAUAAAUCUCCAGUUCAAGAAUCUGACCCCAGAGCAGAAGUUAUGUGUCUUAAUCCAGUGGCAAAGAAUAAUUACUCUUUAAAUGCAGAGAACACAAUGGUGCCACCAAAUGUAGAGCAGACCCUUGAUGAAAGAGUGAAACAUUUAGAAGAUCUAAAAAAAGAGUUGGAGGAGAGAUUGUACCUUGUUUUAGUAGGAGACAAUUGGUUUCUUGAUUACAAAGUUAGAAGCACAAAACAAAAAAUGCAAAACAUGAAAAGGAAUUCUUGUGGAGGCAUUCAAAAGCCUAACAUUACACUUGCUCAAUUAAAAAAAAACCGUGAUAGCCAUCGUAAAAAAGUUGGAAUGUUAGAGGAAAUUCUAAAGAAAAUGUUUCAAGCAGCAGAUGAGUUAAAAGGGGCCUAUGGCAAUCUUGAAAACUUCAUCACCAAACCUAAGCAAAAGAAAUCAGCUAUCAACUAUAAUGUCAAAGAUAAAGAAAAUGCAGUAAAAUCUGAAAACAAGUUGGCUGCAAGUAAUGUAAUUAAUUGGAUUGACAAUGAUGCUCAAGGUGACACUGAACACCAGAAAGAUUACAAUACUCAUGCGAAAGAAGAAGAAAUGCCCAUAAGGAUGCCAUUAUUUCAACCACCCAUGAAUCCAAAUAAAAAGGCAAAAGAAACUGUCUUCCGGAUGCCAGAUGAUGACAAUGGAGCCUCUGUUGUAAAAGAAAACCUAUCUGCAAAAGAUAGAACUAGGGAAUUGAUGAUAAAUUUUGAAAAUUGGAGAUCGGCAAUUCAAGAGGGUCGCUCUGGAAUAGAUAACAUGGAGGAGACGUUGUUGGAGAUUGAAGCUGAUAUUGUUAUUCUUAACAGGUUAUUUGAAUUUGAAAUUCCUGGACUUGAAAAUAAAACUGAAGAAGAAGGUCAACAGAAGGCGAGUAAUGUAAAUAACAUGGAACAAACAUUUGAAGAAUUAAAUGAAAUGUUUGAUGAAUUGGAAAAAAAUUACAAAUGAAUGAAGUCAGAGGAUCUGAUGAACUGAUCGAUAUUUUAAGUGUAUAUCAGUAUGGUAGUACAACGUACAUGUACAUAAGCAUCUUCGGAUUGUGAAGAAGCAGAGUGGAUCAUAAACCCUUGGCUUAUAGCAAAGAUGCGUGAGAAAUAGCUUGAGCUUGUGUUCAAUAUUUUCUCAGUUUUACAGCUGGAGAGAGUAUUUAAUUUAUUAAGAAGUAUUAUUUUUUAAUCAUAAUUAUAUUAUCUUUCAUGAAAUGUUGGAAUGUUGAAUAAGUAUUUUGUUUCUUUGCUUGAUACAUUUUACCUAAUCUUAAUUUGAUUUCUAAUAUACAUAAAACAAAAGUGGAAUAUCUAAUAUUAACAUUUGCAAAAAUUAAUUUUUGAAACAGCAUAUGAACCUUCUUGUUAAAUUGAACCAUAAAUGUAAUUAUAUGUAAACAUGUAUUAUGUUUUCAAACAUAAUACAUGGUGUCUAUUUUUGAUCAAACUGUGUUUUUUCUAAAUCUAUAUUUCUUGUACUUUUAACAUGCAUAUGUAAUUAUCAACUUUCAUUGAUAAAAUAUUAUUUUAUUAUUCUUACAAUAAUAAAACUACCAUAUACAAGAUUAUCCCCCCCCCCCAGGUAAUUUUUGGUUUUUUAGCUCACCUGAGCUGAAUGCUCAAAUGAGCAAUUGUGAUCACCUUUUGUAUGGCAUCCGUCUGUAAACUUUUUUUUAGGUCACCUGAGCUGAAAGCUCAAGUGAGCUAUUCUGAUCACCUUUUGUCCGUCGUCCGUCUGUCUGUCCGUUUGUAAACUUUUCACAUUUUGAACUACUUCUCUAAAACCACUUAACCAAAUUCAACCAAAUUUGACUCAAAGCAUUCUUAUGGAAAGAUUAAUAUAAAUUGCAUAAAUGAAAGAAAAAUUUUCAUUGAAAGCGGAGAAAACCUCAAAACUGUAAAAAAAGGGGGGUGCAUUUUAAAAAAUCUUCUUCUCAAGAACUACUGAGGCAAAUUCAACGUAAUUCAGCAUGAAUAAUCCUUAUGGGAAGGAAAAUAUAAAUUGCAAAAAUUAUGGGCUAAUUCUCUUUCAAAUCUGAGUUAUUACGAAAAUAAUAAGAAAGAAAAGGCGUGUUUCAAGCAAUUUAUAGCAUCCAUGAGUCUUGGUAAAAUGGGUAGUCAUGACCGGGCCAGGGCAAAACAAAAGAUUGACAUUUAUUAAUCUGCCAAUUUCAUUAAAAUUUCAAGAUAUUUACUGACCAGUUUAUUUGUAUUCGCUGUAAAUAUUGCUGCAAAAUAAUGCGUAAUUGGAAUUGACGAUUGCCCAUAUGUCCCGGCUUUUGUUUUGCCCCGGCCCGGGUUUGCUUACCCAUUUUACCAAGACUCGUAUUCCAUAAUUCUAAAACGAGGUUCUUUGUUUAAAGUAGCCAUGACACUAUAUGAUAAACGGGUCGAUCUGGCAAUGAUGAAUUUGUUUGUUGUGCAACAGUUCGUGUACGAAGGGAAUCUUUGAAACAUGCAAAAUACAUUGGUGCCGAUUUUGUGAAGUAAAUUGAGGCUAAAUAUUUCAAUGCGUUGACAGUUUUCACAUAUGACGGUGUUGUUAGCUUGUUGUGAUUUUCGUUUCGUUUUCAUUUAUGCUUUGCGUUAACCUGGUCACUGUCGCUUGUAUUUCCUGAUUUUUUACGUAUCAAAUCAAACAGACACUUUGGUAAAUCAAACAGUUUACUGUUUACCUUAAGCAACAUCUGAUGUAUUAAGAAAGAACUAAAAUGCAAUUCAUUCAGGCUAUCGGUAAUUCGGUAUCAUCUUUUGCGUAAUGGUAGAAUAAUGCAAUAUGUUUUGUUGAGAUGCUCGGCAUUUUCUCGAGUCUAUUCAGUUUAAAUAGAGUUUAAUAUCGCUGACGGAAAUAUGUAGGUAUAUACAUGUAUAUGAUUCAUUUUGAAAAAUAAAUUGUGUUCUUUUUUUGUUAUAGUGCAUGUUUCUUGUGUUUAAUUGUUUACAAUUUCUAUUUACUAACUAUAUUUGAGUGUUCGGCUUCGAAUUAUAAGCAAGAUACAGAGAUUUGCUAACAACUCUAUGUUUGUACACAGAUUUGAGGCCAUUCAUUUUUGUCCAAUUUAAAUGCCGAAUAGGAAAUACCAAGUUAAAAAUCUUAAGCUGAAUGUAAUAAACUCAUGUGAACAAAAUAUGACUAAAACCUAGCAAAAUUUUGAGCUCAUCUUGCUUAAUAUAAUUCUACGAUUGACGCUGAAAUUUUGGAAAUUCUAUAUGAAGUUAUUUAGAGUAAGUUAAAUACUUGUACACAAACAAAAUUAAAGAAUGAUAUGCUGUAUAUAACUACUUUCUUGGGCCCCCUCUUUAUACAAUGAAUAAUGUAAAAUGUGAGUAAAUAAAAACGACAUCGUUAAAACAGUUUCCAUAGUUCUGACACAUUUCUGUUGCGGGGAUAAAAGAAUUAUCGCUAUUCCUAAGAAAAUAUUACAGCGGAAAAUUAUCCUGGUUUGUAGCCAUUUGUUAUUUUUGAAUAAAAAUGAAAAUAAUGGGUGGGCCAUAGUAAAUUAGAGUGAUGUGCCUGUCAAUACGGUAAGCUCUUUAACAUGUCACGUGACAACAUUUUUCAUUCCAGUGUAUUCAUCAAUCAAGUGUGAGUAAAGUUAUAAAAGUCCCGAGUUUACGCGAGGUAAACAACAGUAAUUUAACUAUAAUGGAGAAAACAAAUUAAAUUGUUGAAUAUUUUAAAUUUGAGAAAUUGAGCGCAUUGAGAUGCACGUUUCUUCUUCACAUAUAUACAUGUAGGAUUUUUUUUGAUAAAAUACAAUAACUAUUAUAUUUUUUAAAAAAAUACAAUAACUAGUAAGUAGUUGAGGAAUAAAAUGUACCUAUAUGCUCUCAUAUAUUUUGAUCGCUUUUUUAAGUGGGGGAGGGGGACAGAACGAAAAUACAGGGAAUUAGAAGUUAUAUUACAGUGUACCCCUACCAAAUAUUGAGUUCUAUAUCUUGCGUAGGAUUUUCUUAUUCUGUGUAAAAACAGUAUUUCAUGAAGGUACAAUGUCAAAGAUUUCGUGUAUGCAAAAAUAAGUGUAAAAUUCGAAUACUUUACAAUAUUUACAUAUUUACACAUUUUGUCCGUCCGUCUGUCCGUAAACUUUUCACAUUUUCAACAUCUUCUCAAGAACUACUAGGCCAAUUUCAACCAAACUUGGCACAAAUCAUCCUUAGACAAAGGGGAUUCAAAGUUGUGAAAAUUAGGGGCACACCCGUUUUCAAGGGGAGAUAAUUAGAAAUUAAUGAAAAAUUUCGAGAAAUUUUCAGAAUCUUCUUCUCAAGAACCAGAAAGCCAGGAAAGCUGAAACUUGUGUGGAAGCAUCCUCAGGUAGUGUAGAUUCAAAGUUGUGAAAUACAUGACCCCCGGGGUAGGGUGGGGUCACAAUGGGGGG